AUGUGAUGUGUGAGUUGUAGCGGGUUUUGCUCUCGUUUCUAUGUUGCGGGCAGCGUGGAGGCAGAGAGCCGCCGAGGAGGGAGCAACAUAAACACGCAGGCGGAUGGACGGCAGGAUAGAGGAGUGAUUUUUAAACAAAAAUAGAGAGAAAAAGACACGGAGAAAAAAAACGAGACAAAAAAGAGAAGCGACGAAACGAGCCCCGUCCUCAUGCUCGCGCGGUAUUUAUUUAUUUAUUUACUUACGUCUCUUGCUUAUUUAUUUAUUUAUUUAUCGAUUGAUUGCGUUUUAAUUACUGGCGUGUGACAGGGCGCGUGGGAGGGGCGAAGGCGGGCGCGAGAGAGCACGUUAUUAUGUUGCCUUACAUAUCUUUCCAGCGUUUUUAGGUGUGUAUAGUAUUAAUAUAUCUAUAAUACUACAGAUAUAUUAGCUAUAGCCAAAUGAGAACGUUAUGUAGCAGGAAAUACUAUUAACAAUAAUAAUAAAUAAUAAUAAUAAUAAUAAUAACAGCAAAAACUAGGCUUUGGCGACUUUGAAUGUGUGAUGAAUGUGUAGCUAGUAUGUAGCUGCUUGAGUUCUUUUCUUUUUUAAUAAUAAAAAAACCUAAUAGCUAAAGACCAAAUAAAUGAACAAACCAAAAACAAUUUAAUUACCAAAAACAAACGUGCAGCAUAUGUCCAAAUGAGAACAUCUAUUUAAUAAUAAUAAUAACUGUUGUUUUAUACAUAUACUCAAAUGUAUUAGCCAGCUUUAGAAAUAAAUGCAGAGAGGACGAGACAAGCCAGACAACCAAAGUAAGCUAUCUAGCUAGCUAAAAAAAACGAACCAGCUUGAAUAGCUAGCUUAGCUAAUUAAUAAAUAUCCACUUUUUACCUCACUCAGCAGGGGCAUUUAAACCAAAAAAUAAAUAUAAAAAAGGGAAAUUCCUCAGCAUAAUUUGCUAUAGUUUGUUAUUUAAGCUAUAUAUGAAGUCUGUAGCAUACUAGCUAUAAACAGACUAUAACUUUUAAGGGAAAUAUUUUUUACAAUAAAGUAAAAAGUCUUUUGUGUCCGUCCGCCUGUGUGUAGGUUAUAACAAUAGGUGUGUGUCUGCUACUACACACAAUAUGGGCUUAUUAAAUUGGGCUUUAUUUAUUAUCCAGCACACACACAUGAUCUGAUUUAAAGCCCAAGUAAAAUAUUGUAUACAAUAUACAAAUAAAAAAAUACAACGAUGCCAAAAAGACUCCCAUCAAACUCCGCCACGAACAAGGACCAACAGCCCCAGCCUAGAUAACCUAACUGGCUGCCACUACUACCACGGCUACCGCUGCUGCUGCCACUCCCGCUGCCACUAACGAUACCGCUGCUGCUGAUGCUUAGCGAGAAAAAGAGGGAAAACGCAAAAGCCUGUAGAAAGUGAACCGCGCCGCCCAACGGCAGAAAAAAUACACCAACAGAAAGAAGCGAAGGAAAGAAAGCAGAAGAGAAAGAAAGGAAAAGAAUAAAGCAGAGAAAAGCGACAGAAAGAGGCGCAAAGGAUCAUCAGAUCAUCAUCAUCAUGUUCGUGCCGCUGCCGGUGCCUUUCAUGCUGCCCAGCUCGGACCCGCGUGCCUGGCGCCUCAAGUCCCCGCUGGCUCUGCGCGCACCCGCCGAUAUCAGAAUGUCUAAACCAGUAGAAGUUGAGAAUCCAGCAGCAGCAGACUCCCCAAUGGAGAAUACAGGAGAUUCAGAAAGGAACGGCUCAGACUCCAAUAAUCAGGGUAAGGCAGAAGAGUGUGCAGAGAUGCCCCCAGCUUCUGUCCAGACCACGCCCACUCAGACCACCCUCUCCCACACACAGCUGAUGCUGACUGGAGGCCAGCUAGCAGGACUGACAGCUCUCCUGCCCGCUCAGCAGCAGCUCCUCCUGCAGCAGGCGCAGCUCCUGGCCGCCGCCGUGCAGCAGACGCAUGCAGCUCAUGCAGCCAGUCAGCAGCAAACGCAGCACGCAGCCAAUCAGCAGUCAAGUCAGCAAGCGGCCCUGCCCCAACUGCAGGGCCAAUCAAAGAGUGCCCAGGAACAAACUGCUGCCCCAGUCCCGCCCCCUCCUCACCAGCUUACCCUCUCUCAACCAAUCCAGCUCACUGCCCAGGAUAUCCAGCAGUUAUUGCAGCUGCAGCAGUUGGUCCUUGUUCCGGGACAUCCUUUGCCCUCGCCUGCACAGUUCCUCUUACCCCAGGCACAGCAAGGGCAGCAAGGGCUGCUAUCGACACCAAAUCUGAUUCCACUACCUCAGCAAAACCAGGGGGGUCUUCUGGCGGCCCCCCCUACACUCGGACUUCAAGCUCAGAGAGAUAAGAUUAUGGAGAGCAGUGCCAGUACAGUGACCCCCGUGACCCCCCAUCCCGAGGAGCCGAGUGACCUGGAAGAGCUGGAGCAGUUUGCCCGCACCUUCAAGCAAAGGAGGAUCAAACUAGGCUUCACACAGGGUGACGUGGGGCUGGCAAUGGGAAAGCUGUAUGGGAACGAUUUCAGUCAGACCACCAUCUCUCGCUUCGAGGCCCUGAAUCUCAGCUUUAAGAACAUGUGCAAACUCAAGCCUCUUCUGGAGAAAUGGCUCAAUGAUGCUGAGACCAUGUCGAUGGACAGCACUUUACCCAGCCCCAGCUCCCUCUCCUCCCCGUCUCUCGGCUUCGAGGGUCUGCCGGCCCGCCGCCGCAAGAAACGCACCAGCAUCGAAACCAGCGUUCGCGUGGCACUGGAGCGCAGCUUCUGCACGAACCAGAAGCCUACCUCAGAGGAGAUCCUGCUGAUCGCUGAGCAGCUCAACAUGGAGAAGGAGGUGAUCCGCGUCUGGUUCUGCAACCGCCGGCAGAAAGAAAAACGUAUUAACCCUUCCAGCGCCACCCCUCCCCUGCCCAGCCAACCCCAGCCCGCCUCGCACAAACCCCCCUGCUACAGCCCACACAUGAUGCCGGGUCAGGGACCAUCCCAACCUAUAACCAGUCUCAGCACAGCAGCGACGACCAUGUCCUCCGUUUGUCCCCUGACUCCCACUGGACCCUCCUCAAGCUCCACCCCCUCUCCUGUAGCUCCGUCUCCUCGCAGUGACACCAGCCCCAUCCCUGCCAGUCACAGCACGAUAAGUCUGAACACAGGUUCGUGGCGUAACAAGAACGGUGACGUUUCUAACUACAUCACCGAUUUUGCAGCAAAUUUGAGGAAUACGGUGAUUGGAGUUAACACAGGAAUGAACCAAACUCUUCGUGGCAACAAUCCAAUCGCCACGAUCCAAGCUCUGGCGGCCAGUGGUGGCCAACCUCCCAUUUCCAGUCUUGAGAGUGGCAGCAAGGUGCUGAUGGGUGCUUGUGGAGGUCAGCGGUCAGGACUCCCAUCUUCCCUCUACCUUAACCACCCCUCGCUGAUGUCCAUGGCUACAAGCUUGGGACUGGGCAACCCGGCCACCCCCAAGUCCGGCAAGGCUGUGUUUUUGGGCGGCAUGAGCCCCUCCCCCUGCUCCAGCCCCGCCUCCUCCUGCUCUUCCAGCGAAUUGGUACACAGCCCCCAUUUAAUGGGCGGGGCCAAGAUCGAGUGACACUUCCAAGAAGCCAAUCAACAGGAACAGGAGGAGGAACUGAAAAACCUUCUCCUUUUUCUACUUCUCGAUUCAACCAAAGCAUCUUUCUAUUUCUCUCUCUUUCUCUCUUUCUCUCUCUGUCUCUUUCUUUGCCUUCACUUUCUCUCUUUCUCUCUCACUCUCGCGCUCUCUCUCUCUCUAUCGUGCACUCUCCCGCUCUCCUCCUGAUGCCAAAAAUACACAACGAGGACGAGGGGAAGGACGAAGAGAUGAGCGCGAGGACGAGAAGAAGCGUAGAAGAGGGACUCGUGAACAAACCAAAAAAAAUAAAUAAACAUACGUGAAAAAAAAACAGACAUUAAGAAGUGCAGGGAACAGAGGACGUUAACGAAAAACUAUCCUGAUCCUUGAUGAUCUUAAAUGAGCCAAAAAUAACAAAAGACCGCUCUUGAUUGUGCUCUGGGGAACGGCGGAGGUACUCACACAGCAGGACUUACGCUUAGACGAGCCUGGAGUUCUUUAAACCAAAAAUAACCACAGAGGUGAACUUUUAAAAGACUCGCAAAGACAAAGACAACCAUGCCAAAAUCCCAAAUACCAAAAAAGAAAAACCAAAAACCAAAAAUACGGAAGGAAAAGCUUUAUCCAGAGGACCUGUAAAUAGCUCAGCGUCCAGCGCCGGACCCACUGAGACGACCCAGCCAUCUCCUGCUCCAUCCUCCUGCUCCACUCGGCAUCCUCUCAUGUUGUCCACCAAUCGUCUAUCACUGUUUGUACAUAAUGUUAGACUUUUUCACUAAUAUUCCCAAAUCUUAGUCUAAUCCAUUGUCUAUAUUGCCAUUGACUUUUUUAUACAUGUCCAGCAGUCUAAACAUGAUCCAUCUCUCUUAUUUCUACCUCUCUUUACCUUGUUAUUGUUCACCCACCUCCCCAAACUGUGCAGUGUCUGCUUAGCUUCAGAUCAUUGAUUGUAUUUGAUGUUCUUGGUAUAUUUUCAGAGAAAGUGUCAUUACAUGUGCUGAUCAUCAUCUUCAUCAUCACUGUCAUUGUCUUUAUCACUGUGUAAUAAACCACAGAAUCUUGUGCCACUUAAGGUCACAAAACAUGGAUCUAGGCCUAAGCCUUCAGUCUUGGUCAUAAAUGUCAGAACUUGUCAAAAUCGUUUGCGGGAUUUCUAUUUUCUAUCUAGCAUGCUAAUGCUAUUGGCACCUAUUAAUGAAAGGGAAGGAGCUUGUUCUCAGAAGGGUGCUUGUCAUUUCAACAAAAUCAGCCAAAAUUCUAAGAAUAUGCCAUGACAUAUCAGGGAAAUACGGGGAAUUUGGUCACCACUAUGACAAAAGUGUCCUGAAAUAAGGGUUUUCUAUACUGGAUGUCAGUCAGCACAGUUUUGGAUUUGGAUUGGAAUCAGUAAUAACUAUUGCUAUGUUCAGACUCCAGACAAAUCCCAGUUGGUUUUUAAAUCAGGGGAUGGUUUCCCAAGAGGUCUUUAGCACCAAGAUGAUUCUUAGGUGGUCAAGUAAGAAUCUCCAUGUUAAGAUGUCUUAAUGUUCUUGAUGGUUUUUGAAAACCUGGCCCAGAUUUGUUGAGAUGACAAAUGAAUCUGCAAGAGUUGCCAUGGUAACGAGGUCAGCUCCAGUGCCUUACCUUUGGCGCUCUUCUUGAACCCCCACACUUCCACCUCUCUGGAUUUGAAUGUUGUGAAUGAUGCAAAAGUUGAAACGUUGAAAUCCAACUGAAACAUCCAGAGUUGCCAGAGUGAGAUACAUCUAAUACAAAUCCAAAUGUAAUCACAUUUUUUAAAAAAAUAUCCAAAUUGCAAAUGAUCCAAUGUGCAAAAAUCAGAUUUCAUGUGGUUUCUGACUGUCUAGGCUUUCGAAAUCUAUCUGGAUUCAGUCUAGAUUGUCAGAAAUUAGAUUGUCUUAACAUAUCAUAAUAGUAUCAUUACAAUACAGUAUGAAAUAAAAAUGUGGUUCCCAGAACAAACAAAUAUUCUGGACCUUUGAUUGGUCAGGACGCUCAAAGUUCUUCUUCAGUAUUAUCACAAAGUGCUACCUACUGCAAAGUCAGGUGCAUAGGUGCAUCUCUUAGUGUGCAUCCAAGUGUCUGUCACCUUCAUAUUCAUCUCCACAUCAUUGUUCUCUUCAUUUCUUUUCACUGGUUUUGCUCUCAUCUCAUCUCCGUGUUGGAUACCAAAGCAACCCAUCAAACCCAUCACCUGUAGAGUCCCCUGGAAACCACCUACUCAACCCAACCCACAAUUUGAGAGGAUGCCACGCCAAAACCCAUCAUAUCAGAACUUAUCAUAACCUCAACUGGAGAGGACUUCAGUGAGGGAUGACUUAAGGAUAGGUAUGGUAUCAAUAUCUAUCCUGAAGCAGAAAGAAGACAGGAUGCUCACAGUCGACAAAAAACAAAAAACUUGUUACCAAAAAAGUUACCAAGCCAAAAUUGUUGAGUCGAGGAUGACGAGGCGAAGCGUUGGAGAUAAAGACUAAAAGGGGAAGUUAUUCCCAUCCAUCCAUCCGUCCUCCAUCCAGCUCUCAGAUAAUUUUAAAAGUGGUGGACGUCUGGACGGGUUGAUCCAUCUUCUUUUUCCUCACGCAUCUCGAACUCUCGCUGGUUUGGGACGGAACCUUUAAGCGACCUCACCGAACAGGAAGUGGACGAGAUGCAGCUGGUUCGUUUGUGGUUGGGUUUUUUCUUUUGGGUCCUGGAGGAAUGUUCUUCAUCUUCCUUUGACCCCUUUAUUUGUUCCUUUCUUGUCCGUCUGCUUUUUCCGUGGAAGUUUUUUCUCUCCUACCCGCGUGGACGCCGUCCCUUUUUGCUGAUGUGCUCUCAUUUGGGAAAAGUAUCGUAUUCUAUGAUUAUGGAGAUGUCCUUUUUGGUUCGUUUUUUGGUUCCGUUUUGUUUCUAAAUGUAUCUUCCUUGUUCCUAGUUGUGCUAGAGACUAUAUCAGGAUGUUGGGAAAAAUACUGUGAACAUUCAUCUAAACAGAUAAACUAGGAAACAAAGGUAAAAAAAAACACACACUCACGCAAACGCAAACACAGCAUAACAAACCAAAGCUAAAUACUGUUUUUAAAAGCUUUAAAAAUCGAAACCAAAUAGCAGAGAUGCUCAAGAUACACAGAACACUUGCACACCCAAAGAUUGACCGACCCCCCGACCCCCUCGCCGCUCAGUCCUGCGACAGCGGCGGAGUCUGGCGGUGGUCGGAUUCAGCGGAACCAGCUAUCCGCAGUACCGUUUAGAUGGAAUGGAUCAGUUAGUGCUUCUAUAGAUUUUGUAGUAAAUCAUCUAUGUUAUACUGCUUACUUAUUGCUAAUGUAUAGAAAAAAGUGAAAAAGCAAAAAAAAAAAGAACAAAAGAAAUGUAUUAACCUGAUUUUAGACCAAAAACCUUUCUUACCGUCUCUUUUGAAUUUUGUGUUUCCAGCCCCGCUCCCCCCUACACACACUGUUAGUAGUGUAAAAUUGUUUUAUUUUAAUUUAUGAUGUUUAAUUUAUUUUACUCUUAAUUAUUUAUUUAUUUAUUUAUUUAUUUAUUCAGUCCUGAACGUGUUUUUAACGCCAGGUUUACGUUCGAGGCAUCGGAACUCCAAGGCAAACCUUUUCAAACCAAAACCAUACAUGAAUGCAACCCACCGGUCCUGAGAGGUCCGGUGACAUCACGGGGGGGAGGACUCGAAGGUCGUCCCCUCCGACCCUCUGCUGCUCCUCUAUGGGUGGAGCCUCACUGAGGGUUUAAACCAAUCAGGGUGAAGAGCAGCACUUCGUCAGAUGCAGGCGUUUUUAGUAUUGUUGUUUUUUCUCUAUGAAAGAUUUCAACAUAAUGAGGCAGCAGAUUUAAGUAUAAGAAGUGUAAAAUUUGUUGAGGUGUAAAAUUUCUCAGUUACCCCAGAUGUACCCGUGACCAGUCAAGACGUGUUUUGUGAGUCCAAAUUUUCAGUUUUAAUUCAGUUGUAGUUUUAGUUUUUCCACUGAAGCUACAACGCUACUGUUAAUAGUCACACAGUCACAAUAGUUUACACUAUUUGUAAAUAUAGGUCCCUACACUUUUAUCAAUCAGUUUAAACCACAUCCAGGUCUAUAUUAAGUUGGUGUAGACUUGUCAAUGCAUGAAUUCACACAAGCAAGGCUUUUAACAAGUGUUGUGUGAAGUCAAAACCACCAUUGAGAGCUUACGAACUUGAAUACUGUCUGCAGUACACAGUUUUGGCUACUGUGAAUAUUGUGAAAUACUCCAGAAGUGCUCCAGUACUGCAGGUGGCGCUAUGACAUUUUAUGGUAAUUUCUAUUGACUGAUUACUAAACUACUGCUCACCAUCAUUUCUCCAGAAGUAUAUAAUAUAAUAUAUAUUUACCUGAGCAAGGUACAGAUUUCUCUCCUGAAAACUGAUUAUUUGGGUGAGUAAAAUGCUUCCAUUUAUCUACAGCAAGCUUAGAUAUCCAGUAUUUUUACCUAAGGAUGAGUUUUCCAGCACUAAGUACUGGGUGAAGACUGGGUGUAGCAGCAUUAGCAUUAGCUACAGCACUAGUUCUAGUAAAUGCUGCACGAUAGUGCUAGACUAAAGAACUUUAAGUGUUCCGCUAACCCAGGGCACUAUCAGCUAAGAGUUUAUAGCUCCCACAUAGCUUGUUUUAAUGGCGAAAAUGCUAAUGUUGAGAUUAGCGGCUAAUGCUAAUACUUCUGAAGAAACUUCACUAAAAACUCACCCACAUAACACUGCACUUCAGUGGAGCGGCUUUUCUGCUCCUUAGUACCUGACUGGUAGAUUUCAUACAUAAAGCGCACUGGAUUAUAAGGUACACUGACAAUUUUUGGCCAAAUUUAAGGAUUAAAUGCUUCUUAUAGUGUAAAAUAUAGAGUAGGCUAUUCAUGGUACACAUGUGACAAAUUUCUUUGACAGUAUUUUGACUCACACACAAGAUAACGCUGUUUUCAAGCAAUCUGCUGAGGUAACAUUUUAUAAUUAACUUACUUUAGAUUUUAAGAUUCCUUUCAGGGUUUCGUUUUUGUUGUUUCCUUUAAAAAAACAUAUGUCUUUUCACAAUUAUUCACAAUAAUGAAGGUCAUUUUUGGACAUUAAAGACCUUAAAGAAGACCUCAGAUCAGGUUUGGACAUGUUGACAGGAUUUAUAGUCCUGUAUUUCCAGAAAAUAUCUAUAAUUACUACUGAAUGUUAGUGUCUAUUAGCAACGUUAGCCUUUAGCAAUUAGCUCCACUGCUAACCUUAAGAAGCUCUUUAGCUUGGAACUCAAAACUAUAAUUUCUGUCUUUGUUAAUCCGCUACAUCUGGGGUAAUUCUGAAUUAUGAUGGAUCCUUGAGUUUAUUGAGAAAUUCUCUCUCUCACUUUAACGUAGCCGUGUGCUAACCGUGUUGCUGUUGUUGUGCUUGAUGGUAUCGGACACAGUGCUGCUUGGAACCUUGACCUGAAAGCUUUAAACAGCUACAAAACCAAAAACUAAAAACUGGAAGAGAGGAAAGAUGGAGGGAAUUGUUUGAAAUACCAAAAACAGAGGGAUUCUCUAGGGCUUGGAGUGUGGAGGACUGGAUAAAAAAAAAAACAUGUAGCUUAGCCAAACAGCUAGAUAGCAGCUAAAUGCUGUCUCCAUCUUUCUCUCUGUAGUGCUCUGCUGGACUUCUCUUCCUCCUUUCAGCUUUUGCUUCUCGUUGUCGGUGUCUGUCUGGACGCGGAACAGAGAUAGUUCCUCAAAUACCUCACUCUCUUUGGCGAUGAACCAAAAACCAUAAAUAGCUUUAAGAAGAAUGAUGGAGCGCUUGUGUCGAGGGCUGUUUUGGGGCAGGCUGAGGAAGGUCGUGGGAGACAUUUAAAUCAAAAGGCUAGAGGACUUUGUGCUGCAUUAUUUUAACAUAUUAAUGAGGAUCCAUAAAUUAUAUAAAAUACAGUACACAUAAUGAUCUUUUUUUUUAUUAUUUUAACAUUUAUGAUACUUAAACUAGCAUGCUAAUAUGCUAACAUACAGCUCCAGAAAAAAAAAGAGAACACUUAUAUAAUUUUACUAUUUAUAGGUAUAUGUUUGAGUAAAAUAAACAUUCUCUACUGAGAACAUUUCUUCCAAAUUUCAAAUAAAAAUAUUCUCAUUUCAAGCAUUUAUUUGCAGAAAAUGAAAUUUGGUCAAAAUAAUGAAAAAGAUGCAGAGCUUUUAGAGAUAAAAUAAUGCAAAGAAAACAAGUUCAUAUUCCUUUAGAAACAUCAACAAUACUAAUGUUUAAACAUUAGUAUUUAACUAGUAAUUUAAUUUAAUUAGGUAUUUAGAUUUAGAUUUAUUUAGGUAUUAGAUAUUUGGUGGAAUAACCCUGAUUUUUUAAUCACAGCUUUCAUGCAUCUUAGCAUGCUCUCCACCAGUCUUACACACUGCUUUUUGGUGACUUUAUGCCUUAAACUGCCGUCUGGAGAUGCUUUGUUGGUCCUUCAUCCAGACCGUAAUUGACCUAGAUAAGUGACAUAGAGCAUUGUCGUGGAUUUGGAAUUUGGGAGAAAUAUUGUCAGGAGUUUAUAGAAUAAAACUACAAUGAUAAUUGUACUCAGUCAUGUACUUAUAAAUUUAGCUGAAUACUGAGUAGCAUUGCUUUACUGAGUAUAUACAAAUAUCUCUCAUAUAAUUCAGCAAAGUUUGGAAAAUAACUUAUUCUCCAGUAGCUACACUAUAUGACCAAAUGUUUGUGGACACCCCUUCUACUGAAUGCAUUCAGCUGCAUUCAGGUUGCACUCAUUGCUGACAAAGACGUGCAAAUGCAGCCAAACACAGUUUGUCUAGUCCAUGUAGCAAAGCAGUAUUAAUAUAAUAGUAAUCUUUUUGGAGCAGAUAAACAAACAUGAACAUAUUGGCACCAUGCCUAAUGCCAGGUUUGGGCUACAGGGGUAUAAGGCUCCAUCUAAUACUCCUGGGAUGAGUUGGAGAGAUGGGGAUAAAUGAGUUGGGGUGGUAUCAUCCAACUUCCUGAUCUCACCUACUCUCUUGAUGCUAAAUGCAAUCAAGUCUUAACAACACCAUUCCAAAAUUUAGAGUUACAUCAGCAGCCAGAGUCUGAGUCUGAGAUUGAGCACAAUUAGCCAAGCUCUCUUUGGAUGGGCAGAUCCAAAGUGGCUUUCUCCCUACAUAAAUUCCAAUUUUAAUACAUUAAUUGAAAAACUAUGCUACUCUGGACAGUAGAGACAGUAGGGUUACAACUCCAACAAAACUCAAAACAUAAGUUUUAGUAAAAAACAAUGAAUGAGCCAGUGUCCCAAUACUUAUGUUUAUGUAGUGUUGCUAGCUGGAGCUAAUCUUAAAGCUACAACCACUGGUCAACCAUGUUAGCUAUGUAGAUGUCUGCUAACUAAUCCCAGGUAGCAAAAAUCACUCAGGUAAUAUCUCCAAAUAUAAUCCAAUGCUCAGCUCACAUCUAGGCCAAGUGCUGCUUGUGCCAACAACCCGAAUGCCAAGUAUAAUACAGCAAUCGGCCAGAGAUGCUUGUGCCAUGUAUAAACCAGCUAGCGAAACUAAUAUGACUACAAUAUUGGGUGUAAAAAUGACUUAUUUGCCAAAGUAGGCUACCUUCCAAUUGCAUCGAUUCUUAGAUUCUUAGAAGAGGGCAAGGUGGAAGGAAGGUGGAGGGACAUCACAACCCCAAGCUAUUGAAGAUGACACUAAAUUUUGAUCCUUGUCUUUAGGAAAGGGACAUAGAAGCCCAGUCAUUUCCCCCAUCACUACACAGACGUCUUUACUGACCUUCCAGCUGGUAAUCAUGACUCAGAAUGACACUCCAGCAGCUGUCCCUGUCCUGAGGACGUAAUUAUGGCAAAUGGGGGAUGACUCAAAGGCAGCACCUGCGCUACGCCUUGGAAUCACUGAGUGCGUUUUCAUGCACAUCAUAAUCUGGUUACUGCACAACAUUUCUCAGUAAUCUGAUAAAUUGAUCAAUUUAUAAAAUGUCAUUUAUAGGAUUUACAUUGGUUUCCAACCAGUCCUUAAUCACACAGAAUAAAAAGUGACUUAAAGAUCAUGUAAAACCAAAAUUUCAUUCUGCACUCUGAGCUAGAUGAUAAAGAUUAGUUAAAUCUUUCAGUUUCAGCAUCGCUCCCAACGUGUUUGGACACCACCUUGUGGACGAUUUUGGACAAAGCUUUCUUAUUUUAACAACCACAGUCUGUUUUUACUUAUGCACAGACUGAGAAAGCCCAGAAUACUCUGAUUAAUAAUUCCAGACAGUUUACGUGCACUGAGAAAUCUGAUUACUGAGCUAAAAUCUAGCUUUCUUGUUCUUUAUCAGAUUUCUUUAUCAGAUUUUAGACCUUACUCUGUGUGAUUAAAAAAAAUUAAGAGUAUUCUGUUAUCUACUGACUACUACCUGCAGUAAUCUGAAUAUGAGAGUACCGUGAGACCGUGCAAUUGGCUAUGCUCUCUCUGGGUGGGUAAAUGUUAGGCAGCACAGAUGUCUGUUAGAUUAUGUAUGAGAGCUGGGUUGCUGUGCUUUCCUGGGAGUGCACUGCCAACCUAGUGAUGCUGCUUCAGCUUCAGUUGGAAACAAUGAAUGUAAGAGGGUGUCCCAAUACUUUUGUCUAUAUACUGUACCUAUCUGAGGUUGAUCUUAUAGCUAAAACUACUGGUCAGCCAUGUUCAAUUUAUAGCUGUCAACUAACCCAGAUAGUUUGGUUUUGGCCCAAAUACUUGGUUCACAUCUGGGCUGAUGUCCCAACACCCCGGCUGCCGAGUAUAAUAUGGGAAUCGGCCCAAGCCGAAUGUGAUGGCUUGGGCAAUAUAUCAG